AAACCAUGUUUCACAGGAACACAAAAGUGAUUUAUCACACUGCUUUAACAAGUUGUGUAUAAAAGCCUAAAUUGGGCGAGUGGUUUUGUGUGCUCAUAGACUUUCACUGCUGGUAGUAGUAGUAGUAAUAGAGGAUACUCGAACGCAUAGCGAAGCAUUAUGGCGACGAUGGAAGCCCAUGUUCCGACUGCGGAGAAGCAGCCGCCGGCGUUGGUGCCUCAGGUGGUUGAAGCACCGCACGACGUGGUUAAGGAGAAAUCGGUGAUCAGUCCUCAUCCGGUACCGACGCCUUUAGAGAAGUUCGAUGUGUCCAAAGCUCCUCCUUCUCCUCCUCUUGCCGACAGUACUAAGAUUCCAGAUCCUCCGGGGAAGAGAACUUCGCUCGGACCAAAUGACAGAGAUGUAGCCCUGGCAAAUGUUGAAAAAGAGAAGAGUUUGUCUUUCAUCAAGGCGUGGGAAGAAAGUGAAAAAACAAAGGUGGACAACAAGGCCCAAAAGAAGCUUGCUGAUGUAGCUGCGUGGGAAAACACCAAGAAAGCAGCUCUUGAAGCUAAACUAAAAAAACUAGAGGAAGAACUAGAGAAGAAGAAGGCAGAUUAUGCAGAAAAAAUGCAUAACAAGGUCGCUUUAAUUCACAAAGAAGCACAAGAAAAGAGAGCGAUGGUUGAGGCAAAACGAGGGGAAGAAAUGCUCAAGGCAGAGGAGCUCGCUGCAAAGCACCGUGCAACUGGAACUGUUCCGAAGAAGCUUGGGUGCCUCGGCUGUUAGAAAUGUUUGCCCUAAUUCUGAACCCGAAAAAAAGAGAGGACAGCCUUUGGUUCUCUCCCGCAAAUUUUCUUGCGCGUUUGUUUGUGUGUGUGUUUAAUCUGUUUAUUAUAGUUCAUGUUGUUCCUACUUUGAUUGGGUUGUGUAUAGGAGGGAUAUAGUAUCUAUCAGUUGAAAAGUCCUUACAAGCCUAUUUCUGCUUCUAUUUAGGAGAAAAUUAUGUAUCCGGUUGUAUGAUGAGAACGAGAGAUCGUAACCUAGCGUGAUUUGAUUUGUGUCAUGGGAAUCAACAUUUCCACAAAACAGGUCGAUGAUAAAUGUUGUUGCAGCAAGUCAGGUCGAUGAUUUGCACUUAAA